GGUAAGACUCCCCCUACAUAUUAACUUGUACCUGAACCAAAAUGAAGCUAAAACCCACUUGAAAUUCACUGUGCAAAAAAUCAGUUUCUGAAAAAACUUGAAAUAACUUCUCUUCUAGCUCCGAAGCCUGCAAUUGCAAUCAUGUUUUCGACCAAAGAAAUGCCUUCUCCAUCAUCGUUGUUCUCGGCGUAUGCUUCCAUGACUGCUUCCAUCAUGCUUUUUCGAUCCAUGGUCAAUGAUCUCAUACCUUACCCUAUCCGAAACUAUCUCUUCUCAACUUUGUGUUACUUCUUUAAGCCUCGCUCUCAAAUACUCACUCUGAUUAUAGAAGAAUCCAAUGGUAUGGCAAGGAACCAAGUCUAUGAUGCAUCCGAAAUUUACUUGUGCACCAGGAUCAGUCCCAACACUAAGAAGCUGAAAAUAAGCAAAACCCCUAAAGAUCAGAACUUAACAAUUCGGCUCGAGAAAGGUGAGAAGAUUGUGGAUUUCUAUGAAGGCGUUGAGCUUAAGUGGAGAUUUGUUUGCGCAGAAGCAGAAAAGAGUAACAACCCAAAUGAUCAAUUUCUUCCAAGAGCUGAGAAGCGAUCGUUUCAGCUCAGUUUCCACAAGAAACACAAAGACAAAGUUUUGGCUUCUUAUAUGCCUUAUAUACUCGAGAGAGCAAAGGCAAUUAAAGAUGAACAAAGGGUUUUGAAGAUGUUCACGCUCAACAUGCGAAACUAUGGAGCAAUAACGUGGGAAUCCAUCAAUCUUGAACAUCCAGCAACUUUUGAGACGUUGGCCAUGGACCCUGAGUUGAAAAAUGCUGUUAUGGAGGAUCUUAACAGGUUUAUUAAGAGGAAGGAGUUCUAUAAAAGGGUUGGGAGAGCCUGGAAGCGCGGUUACUUGUUGUGUGGACCUCCAGGCACUGGAAAAUCAAGUUUGGUUGCGGCCAUGGCUAAUUAUCUAAAGUUUGAUGUGUAUGAUUUGCAGCUUGCUAAUAUAAUGCGAGAUUCCGACUUGAGGAAAUUGCUGCCAGCAACAGGGAAUAGAUCAAUACUUGUGAUUGAAGACAUUGAUUGCAGUGUUGAUCUGCCUGAUCGACGGUAUGGGGAUGGACGCAAACAACCUGAUCACCAUGUACAGUUGACUCUAUCAGGGCUGCUUAAUUUCAUCGACGGAUUGUGGUCUAGCUGUGGAGAUGAGAGAAUUAUCAUAUUCACCACUAACCACAAGGACAGGUUAGAUCCUGCUCUGCUGCGUCCUGGGCGCAUGGACAUGCACAUUCACAUGUCCUACUGCAGCCCUCAAGGUUUCAAGCUUUUGGCCUCGAAUUACCUGGGAAUUCGUGGCUACCACCACCUUUUUGGUGAGAUUGAAGGCUUACUAAACAACACAGAGGCAACUCCUGCACAAGUUGCUGAAGAAUUGAUGAAAAGUGAGGAUGCUGACAUUGCACUUGAAGGACUUGUCAAGCUCCUCAAGAGGAAGAAGCUGGAAGGCGAUGAACCAAUGGAUAAAGAUGCAAAAAAGUUUGGAAUUCGAGAAGCAAAAAGACAGAAAGCUGAGACCAAGCGUAGGUCUCCUAGGAUCAGUAGAAGAAAGGGCAGCAGGAGAAGGAACUUAUGAUCGCUCACUAGCAAUUAACUAUAAUUUUCAUGAAACUACUUGCAUCACUUACUAGUUCACUCUGCUAGUGUUCACUUAGCAGUAGAAUUGGGUUGAGAUUUCACUGCUUUGAAUGAAACGUCACUUUUUUAAUUCAGAAGAGAUUUGUGUGUACAAAUUCAGAAUUUGAAUGUUAAUACCCCAAAAAUUCAGCAUGAAAACUUAAGCAGCGGUUUCUUUUUUAUGAGCACAUUUUUACA